AUGAAGCCCGGCGAGAAUGAGGUCUACAUUGACCAUGAAGCCGAGAAAUCAGUUGUGCGGAAGGUGGAUCUGUUUGUGUUGCCCUUGCUAUGUCUGAGCAACCUGGCCAAUGCCAAAACCGACGGACUCGACGAGGAUAUUCAUCUCAAGGGGAAUGAUUAUUCGCUGCUCGUGCUCCUCUUCUACAUCCCCUUUGGGCUUUUCGACCUGCCAUGGAAUCUCCUCCUCAAGCGCUACUCCGGUCGCAUCACGCUGUCGUUUAUGACCGUCGUAUGGGGAAUCCUAGCUCUGUGUCAAUGUGCCGUGAAGAGCUUCGGCAGCAUGAUCGCUGUGCGGAUGAUCUUGGGUGUCUUUGAAGCAGGCUUCUUCGCUGGUGCAACCUUCUACCUAACUCUGUUCUACACCCGCGACCAGAUGGGCUUCCGUCUGGCCAUCAUUCAAUGUUUUGCCGUACUUGCUUCGGCAUUCAGCGGACUCAUCUCGUUCGGGGUGUUUCAGAUCAACGACCCCGCCGUCAAAGGGUGGCAGUGGCUGUUCAUCAUUGAAGGCAGCAUGACUUUUUUGACGGGUAUUCUCUCGUUCUUCUUGCUGCCUGACGGACCUCAAAAAGCCUGGUUCUUGUCGGAGCGAGAACGAGCAGCUGCAACUGCCCGAAUCCUACGCGACACCUCGGCUGAGGUUGAGACGGGCUUGAAUCUCAAGACUGCGUUCCAGAUGUUCUCGGACUGGAAAUUCCUGGUCUGGUGUGUGAUCUCCUUCACGUAUCCGGUAGCUUAUGCGACAGCCAUGAACUUCUUUCCUUUGAUCGUCGGACGCCUCGGCUAUUCGACAGUCAAGACCAACCUCUGGACAGUCGCCCCGAAUCUAGUAGGCGCCGUCGUGCUUCUCUGCGUCGCAUGGUCAUCCGACUACUUUCGCGAGCGAGGAUUCCACACGGUCUUCUCAUUGGUCCUGUCGCUGAUUGGGAUGGUCGUUCUGGCGACCAUCGACGUGCUAGACAACAAAGGUGUGGCGUACUUUGCCUGCUUCCUUAUGGCAGCCGGGGCCUACAUCCCCUCGUGUCUGGUCCAUGCCUGGCACAACAACAAUAACGUGCACGAAAGCUCCCGCGCAGCCAAUACAGGCUUCUUGGUUGGGUUGGGAAAUCUGGCCGGAGUGCUGAGUGCAGCAACUUUCCGCACAGAAUAUGCACCUAAAUAUACCCCUACUCUCGUAGCGACAUGUUGCUGUAACGGGGUGGCCAUUGUGGUGAUAACUGCCUUAAGCGUGUAUUUCAGACUUGAGAAUCGGCGACGAGACCGAAGCCAAGGCUCCCACGUCUGCCACUGGCCCGACUGCGGCAAAAGUUUCACGCGUGCUGAACAUCUGCGACGCCAUGCUUUGAACCACGAGCAAGCCCGUCAGGGCUACGUCUGCGAGCGAUGCUCGGUGCAUUUCCACCGCCCAGAUCUUCUCAGUCGCCAUCUCCUCCGCCAUGCCAAGCGGGAUGAAGAAGCUGGAGGACCGGGGCUGGGAGUGCUGGAGACGCGCAAGAGGACGCGCCGGGCUGAUAAUGGUAAUAUCGUUGUCCGACCGCCGAAGCGACAGUCUCGGGGCAGCGCUCCUAGAAACAAUAUGCCCGAGUGCUCUGCUUCGGAGUCCGUCGCUUCGAUGGAGCUCUCUCACGAGUCGGACCCAAUCCCCGGGGCGCCUGUAUCACCGCCUCGCUCGACGAGUGAUCCGACAACGCUGUCCUUGGAUGAUACAGAUCCGCUGCUAGCGCCCAUGCUUCCCAAUGGACCCUUCGAGCCGUACGUUGAGCCUAUACCGGGACAGUUCGAUGCAGCCGAUGGAUCUUGGAGCUUUGACCAAGGGUCGAUCGAGGAUUUCUUCAAUCUCGAUACAGCGACCGACUUCAACAUGCCGUUUGCCGCGACGAACAACUACAACUGGCUGUUUGAUGUGGCUUCUCUGGACGACGCUUUCCCUCCCCUCGAUAUACCGCUAGAACCAGACUUGCUGGCCUGGACCGUUCCAGACCCUGAUCCAUCGGCCGUUCUGCUGCAGGCAGCCUCGUUUGUCGAGCGCAGCCCGGAUACCUCCCUUGACUGGCUGUGUGGACUGGACACAACCACAGACAACCCUUCAGCACUUCAGCUCCCAUGUCUCUCAGAUGAGGCGCGUCAAGGUCUACUCGACUUGGUGGCUCGUAAUCCGCCGUCGGGAUUGGAUGGCAAGCCCACGCCCCUCGACUCAGCCCUGCUCUCUCUGUCAGCGCUCCAGCAGUACUGCGAUCUCUUCUUUACGCGGUUCAAUGCGACCUAUCCACUGAUCCACGCGCCCACCUUCGAUCCCAACACAGUUGACCCCAUUCUCCUGGGCGCGAUCCUCUCCAUGGGCGCCACCUACAGCAGCCGCGAGGCUCACCAGCUGGCCGUGGGGAUCCAUGAUUUCUUGCGACCCCAGCUCUUCUGCCAUCUCGAUUUCUCACCGCAACCGCCCUUAUGGAUUCUGCAAGCGAUGUUGUUGAUCGACUGCUUCGGCAAAAUGCGGGCAGGCCCCAAGCAACGCGAACGAGCGCAGCUCUUCCACUGCGUGCUGAUUAAGCUCAUUCGGCGCAGCACCUGCUGCACGAUCCGCUCGACCGCGUCCCCCGCGUUAUCCGACGAGGACCUCGUGAACAGCUGGCACCAAGCCAUGGAGGCGGAACAGCGGAAGCGACUAGCCAUGCAUUGCUUUAUGUGGGAUGUGCAGCAUGCGGUCCUCUUCUCGCAAUCACUUUGCAUGUCCGCUUUCGAGAUCCGUGCCGCUUUACCCUGCGCGUCGGCGCUCUGGAACGCUCCGACCGCAGAAGCCUGGGCUAGAAGCUUUGCCUCGAGCCCCGACUCCGAGCCCUUGUUUCUGACCGUCUUGAAAGGCUAUAUCACGCCCGCCGCGGUUCCGCGACCGCGACAAUUGAAUCCGCUCGCGCGACUGAUUUUGAUGCGGAUGGACUGGCGAUGA